AGCUGAGUGGUGUUGGAGGCGCUGGACAGGGCCAUUUCCAGGGCUUCAUUCCACAGGAGCAAAACAUACAGACACACUCACCGCCACCAGCAUGAUGAUGCUGAAGGUAGAGGAGCUGGUCACUGGGAAGAAAAACAGCAAUGGGGAGGCAGGGGAAUUCCUCCCUGAGGACUUCAGAGAUGGAGAAUAUGAAGCUGCUGUCACUUUGGAGAAACAGGAGGAUCUAAAGACACUCCCCACCCACCAUGUGAGCCUGGGGGAGCAACAGUGGAAAAAUGAGAAGCAGCGAGAGGCAGAGCUGAAAAAGAAAAAACUAGAACAGAGAUCCAAGCUUGAAAAUUUAGAAGACCUUGAACUCAUCAUUCAACUGAAGAAAAGGAAAAAAUACAGGAAAGCUAAAGUUCCAGUUGUGAAGGAACCAGAACCCGAAAUCAUUACAGAACCUGUGGAUGAACCUAGGUUUCUGAAGGCUGCCCUGGAGAAUAAAGUGCCAGUAGUAGAAAAAUUCUUGUCAGAUAAGAACAACCCAGAUGUUUGUGAUGAGUAUAAACGGACUGCUCUUCAUAGAGCAUGCUUGGAAGGACAUUUGGCAAUUGUGGAAAAGUUAAUACAAGCUGGAGCCCAGAUCGAAUUCCGUGAUAUGCUUGAAUCUACAGCCAUCCACUGGGCAUGCCGUGGAGGAAACCUGGAUGUCUUAAAGUUGUUGCUGAACAAAGGUGCCAGAAUUAGUGCCAGAGAUAAGCUGCUCAGCACUGCGCUGCACGUGGCGGUGAGGACUGGCCACUACGAGUGCGCGGAGCACCUCAUCGCCUGUGAGGCAGACCUCAACGCCAAGGACCGGGAAGGAGACACGCCCCUGCAUGACGCCGUGAGACUGAAUCGUUACAAGAUGAUCAGGCUGUUGAUCAUGUAUGGCGCUGACCUCAACAUCAAGAACUGUGCUGGGAAGACCCCAAUGGAUCUGGUGCUGCACUGGCAGAAUGGAACCAAAGCAAUAUUCGACAGUCUCAAGGACAGCGCCUACAAAACCUCUCGCAUAGUGACUUUCUAAGAGACCCACACUCUCACACUGGGAGCUCUUCAUUGGCAUUUUGAAAGCAUGGCCCAAAAGCCACUAGCUAGAAAAAUCCAGCUUUUAUUCAUCAACUUGUUAUGAAGAUGUCCCAGAAAGUGCACUGAUAGGCAUUUAAAUUUCCUUUAGUGAAACUCAUAGUCUGUGUUUAUUUAUUCCUCCUUAUUUGUUCAAUGGCCUUGAGAUGCAUAAUUGCACAAACAUCCAUUAGGUGAGCAAAACUUCAUUUGUAUUUAACACUUUCAAGCCUUCUCAUAGAUAAAACUGUAGAGUGAGCAACGUGCCAAGUGCCUACUUAUGUGUCCUCACUCACAUACAAUGUUUCAAGGUAUUUCCGAAAGACAAGGAUGGUUAUUGCCUCCGUCUGUUCUUCUGAGUUUUUAAUGGUGAUAUUUGAAUGAAGCAAUGGAAGGCAGGUAGAGACAGGGAAGGAGAAUGACAAGAAGACAAAAGCAGUUCUGUGGAUGGGACAGUAAAGCCAUUCCACCUCUGAAGGGGACAUGGAAGCUAGCCAUUUGACCCUGAGGCCUGGUGGGAUUUUUUUUUUUUAACUGAGUCACACUAUACACCAAGGUGAAGAGAAUGUCACGAGGGUGCAGUGGAGGGAGUGGUCAAUGGGGCCAUUGAGUUUAAUGAAAAAAGAUGACAGGAAAUGUAAAGUAUAAAUGUAUAAAUGUACAUUGUGUUAUAUGUAUAUUUUGUAUUCAUAAUAAAA